AACCCAAAAGGCAAUAACUGGGAGAGGAAUCAGUAAGGAAAUAAUAUGGCGAGAGCCAAAAAUACAGCACGAAAAUCGGCGGGAAGACUAUCGGAAGGAAGUACCCGGACAGCUCGAAAAACACUAGCAGGAGCAUCAGGAAAUAUAGAACCGGGAGAUCCAAUUCCGCGCGGAAAAGCACGACGAUAUCGACCAGGUACAGUUGCAUUAAAGGAAAUAAGAAAAUAUCAGAAAAGUACGGACCUUCUGAUACGAAAAUUGCCAUUUGCACGGGUUGUUCGAGAUAUAGCAACGGAUUAUGUUGCAAGUUUUUCAACAGAUUUUGGUCUUCGUUGGCAAUCUACGGCGAUUUUGUGUCUACAAGAAGCUACAGAAGCUUUUCUUGUUCAUUUAUUUGAAGAUACCAAUCUAUGUGCAAUUCAUGCAAAACGUGUUACAAUUAUGCAAAAAGAUAUACAGCUUGCGCGAAGAAUUCGGGGUGGUUGGGGUGGAUUAAGCUAGACUUUUUUUUUUGGUCCUAUUAUAACAUAUUUAUACCCUUUUAUA